AUGAAAUACGCCGAAAUUAAUCGACAAAUCUCUUCUUAUUGUAUGAGUGAAUCAUCUUGCAAAUUUCAUAUAGACGUUGAUUCUUCAUUACAAACAUUUUCUUUUGCUGAUCUGAAGAAAAUGAAUAUCACCAGUGAUGAUUUAUAUCUCUGGUCAACAUCGAUUGAUACUAUUGAACAGUAUGAAAUCUAUUUAGAAACUAAAGAUUUCUCUUUAUCGAAAUGGACAUUUUAUAAUUGUACAUUGCCGAGAUUUGGAUCCAAGUGUCAAUAUGAAUUUUCUUUUUAUCAUGAGAAUUAUUCAUCAUUAUAUGAAAUGAUUCAUGAUUAUUAUUUUAAUUUUACUGAUACUGGAAACCAAUUAACUUGUUAUAUGCAUUUAAAAUGUCAACGAGGCUUUCCGCCAGCUUGUCUAGAUUGGACGGAAAUAUGCGAUGGUAAAGUCGAUUGUCUUGAUGGAAAUUUUGACGAAGAACAUUGUUGGCAGCUUGAAUUAAACGAAUGUCAAUCGAAUGAGUACCAAUGCAAUAUGGGUGUAUGUAUACCUCGUGAAUUUGUUCGCGAUGACCGAGAAUAUUUUGACUGUAUUGAUGGAUCUGAUGAAGAACAUGGAGUACGUAAUGAUGUAGCAUUGGUACGUGAACCUGAACCUCCAUUCGGAUAUGAUGAUAUCAGAUGUGAAACAGAUUUUCUCUCGCGAUCGUGUGAAAUCAAUCGGCAUUUUCUUUUAUCCAAAUCAAUGUUUUCAGUUAAAGAUAAUUCAGUAUCAGAUGAUUGUUGGUCAGCUUUGAAAUGUUAUUUUGGUUUGUUAGAUUCUCACAUAGAUACCGAUAUUAAUAGUACAUGUAUACCGUUGAUAAAGAAGACUUGUCCAGACAUGUUAUAUGUUCCUAAUAUUCCAGUCUUUUUCGGACAUAUUUAUACUGCGUACAAGAUAGAUGAUAUUCAAUCUAUAGAAGAUUAUGCCUUGCCUUAUCUAUGCUCAAAUAAAUCCUUUUAUUUUGGUUCACUUGAUCUGAUACCAGAUGUAUCAAUGAAAAAUACGAAGUGCUUUAAAAUCUCGCGAUUCGACGAUUGGUGGACAAAACAUGGAUCUACUUGGUAUUUUCGAUAUUUCUUACCCGUAACUGAUAUCUAUAAUCAACUAAAAGAAAUGAAUCCAAUAAUUAAUUUCCCUGUGAAUCGGUGUAAUCAAUCGAAUAUAUAUCAUUGCAGAAAUUCAUCGAAAUGUAUUUCAUUUCAUCGUCUGAUAAAUGACAUAUCCGAUUGUCCAUAUUUCGAUGAUGAAGAUAUUUCUGAGAAUACAAAUCCUCAGUUAUUCGUACGAUUGAAACAUAAAUAUUAUAAAUGUCAUUUUACGAAUCAAUAUGUUCUUCUAACUGCACUUGAAGAUGGAAAAUGUGAUUGUGGAUAUUUUGACAAAUCGUUUUGUGAAGAUGAAAGUAAAUACAAAACAUUCGUCCUAAAAACGAUAUCUUUUCAGACAAUUUGCGAUCAUUUCCACGAAUUAUAUCCAAUUACAAUUGAUGGACAAAACCAAACAGAUGAAAGUGAAUGUGAACAAUGGGAAUGUGAUAAUAUUUACACUCAUUGUGAUGGAAUUUGGAAUUGUUUCGAUGGAAAAGAUGAAAACAAUUGUGACUCAUUCUCACAAUUAUUUUCUUGUUCUUCACAAUAUCGAAUAUGCGUAACGCGAGAUACAUCUGAAUUUACUUGUCUACCAGUGAGUCAAAUGAACGAUGGGAAAGUCGAUUGUCUUGGCGGUACUGAUGAAAAGAAACUUUGCCAAUUCGAUUCAUCAGGAACCGGUAGNUUUUUGUCUUUAAAAACAACUUCUUACUUCAGUAAUAACAUAAGGAUGGCCGUUUGGACAAUUUCAGUGCGCUAA